GUUUAAGGAAAGAAAGUACAAAGCAUUUUGCACUCGCGGAAGAUCCAAAUUAAGGCCUCGGCCUCAUCGCUUUUUAUUUGUUUCUGAACUCUGCCACAGGUGAAGCCUCCUUUAAUUUUUAAUUAAUGGAGCUUUCAGGGCCUUAAGAUAACCCCUUCUCUCCUGCAAUUCCAUCUCUUCCCAUGAGAAUUUGGUCAUCCAGUACAUUUGCGUGUUGAUUAAUUUCAAUCGCCAUUCCUCCAUUGUUCCUCUCCUCUCUUGUCUAUGAUGGAACAACUCAGACAGAUUGGAGAAGUUUUGGGAAGUCUCAAAGUCUUAAUGGUUUUCAAGGAUGAUAUUCGGAUCAAUAGGCACCAGUGCUCUCUCUUAUAUGAGAUUUUCAAGCUUGGGCUCCAAGGAAUUGCGGAAGAAAUCAGAGACAACCUAAAAUUCGAUGAGAGAUUGAAGAAAUGGAAGGCUUUGGAACAGCCACUGAAGGAACUCUUUAGGACUGUAAAAGAAGGCGAAAGCUACAUCAAACAUUGCUUAGAACCCAAGGAUUCAUUGGGUAAGGCAAUAUCUCUGCCUCAAAACAACGACUGCGUCGAAUUCCACCUACACAAUUUCAUAUGGUGCGUUUUUGUGGUGUUUGAGUCCAUAGAAAUUGCAGGAGAGAUAGCAGGCUAUGAUCAAGAGGAAACCCAAAAGAAAAAGCUCCUCUUUUCUAAGAGGUAUGAAAGAGAAUGGCUUGACAAAAGUCUUUUCCAAUGGAAUUUUGGAAAGAAAUACUUGGUUUCAAGAGAAAUAUGCAACAGAUUGAAUACUGUAUGGAAAGAAGACAGGAAAAUGUUUCUAGAGAUAUUGGAAGAGAAGCGAAGAACCAAAUCAGAAAGUCGAAUCCUUGACCUCUUGCAUAAGAAUUUCGAGGGCUCUGAGGUUUCAAAGGGAGACUUAUUCCCUUGCUCCAUAUUAACGGAUCCAAAAGACUAUCAGGUGAGGAGGAGACUAGGGAAUGGUGGCCAGCACAAAGAGAUCCAUUGGAUGGGAGAAAGUUUUGCAGUGCGCCAUUUUCACGCAGAGGUCGAACCCCUGAUCCCUGAAAUAUCUUUAUUAUCUUCACUCAUGCAUCCAAACAUUAUGCAUAUCCUUUGUGGGUUUGUUGACAAGGAGAGAAAGGAAUGCUUCCUUGUAAUGGAAUUAAUGAACAGGGACCUUUCCAACUACAUAAAGGAAACAUGUGGUCCUAGAAAGAGGGUCCCUUUCACUCUACCAGUGACUGUUGAUGUCAUGCUUCAAAUAGCCAGAGGAAUGGAGUACCUUCACUCUCGAAAGAUAUAUCAUGGGAAUCUCAAUCCUUCAAACAUUCUAGUUAGAGUGAGAAACCCAUCGUCAGAGGGACAUCUGCAUGUGAAAAUCACCGGUUUUGGGCUCACCUCUGUAAAGAAUUCAACCUCUAAGAACUCUGCAAAUCAACCCACAACAGAUCCAGUUAUCUGGUAUGCACCUGAAGUUCUUCAGGAGCAAGAACAAGGGAACCCUACGAGUCCAUCAAAGUACACAGAGAAAGCAGACGUUUAUAGCUUUUCAAUGAUAUGCUUUGAGUUGUUGACUGGUAAGUUGCCUUUUGAAGAGGGGCACUUACAAGGAGACAAGAUGAGCCGGAAUCUAAGAGCAGGUGAGAGACCAUUGUUUCCUUUUCCUUCUCCAAAGUAUCUCACUGCCUUAACCAAGAAAUGCUGGCAAGACGACCCAAACCAGAGGCCAAACUUCUCAUCAAUAUGCAGGACUCUUCGAUACAUAAAGAGAUUCUUGGUCAUGAACCAAGAUCAUGAUCAGCCUGAUGCCCCUCUUCCCCUGAUCGAUUAUAUGGACUUGGAGGCAAACUUCUCAAAACGCUUAUUGGGUUGUGGUGAAGAAUUUACAGAGUCAGUUUCUCUCAUCCCAUUUCAAAUGUUCGCUUAUCGGGUUAUAGAGAGACAGAAAACCAUGGUGAAUUUGAAGGAAAAGAACUCAGAAUCAGGGAGUGAUGGAGCAUCUGUCGGGGGGGACGAGAACCAGGGGAAUGUGGAAGAGACAUUCUCCAAUCUCAAGCCUACAUCUCGGUCCUCUCAGAGUAGUUCAGAGUCCACCAAGAAACCAGCCUUUGCAAAGAAGACCACAAAUGGAAAAUCAAGAAAAUCAUCAGGGGAGAGAAACAAAGGUAGAGCAUUGAGACCUCCAUCUAUGACACCAUGCGGCCGAAGCAUGAGGAUGAACUCUGAUAACACGUUAGAACCAGUCAUGAUGAGCCCCAGAAGAAGGGCAACGGGGCAUGCCUCAGACUCCGAAAUUGCCUGAAUUUGAAUCAUUACACUUCUCCAUGGAAAUAAUCAACAGAGUAGAGCAAUGGUUCUCUCUUUUGAAUGGUGCAUCAUUCGUUGUCUUUCUCCUCUUUCCGUCAUGGGAAGUUCAAGGGAUAAAUUGAGCUAGCAUGCACCACAGCAUCGAAAGCUGCUUUAAGAUUACUCAAAAGCAAAUACAUGUAACAUAGUGUCUGUCUUUUGUGUAUUUAUGUCGCUACACUUAAGUUUCUACAUGCCAGUGAUCUUUUGGGCUGUAGGAAACUUUGUAUUUCUGUUUCUUCUUCUUCUUAUUUUUCAGUUGUAGUGUGUUCGCUUGGCCAGAUCAAGGAAUUAGGAUGGAUUCUGGUAGCCUAAUACAGUGGCUUAUUCAAGUGUAGCACCUCAAAUCUUGAUUAACAGGAUGUGAGUGCUGCAUUAUGAAGGUAAGUUUCUGAAUCUGAUGUUUCUGAUACUGUUGGGAUUGUGA